CUGCCCAUCAGUGGACGCAUUGCCAUCCACGACAACACGGAGAUCGGGAACUCCCUGUCCAACAGCUAUAAUCUGCAGCCCGGCUUCUACUACCAGUUCUACAUUAAACGCCAGUCCACACAAAUGUUGGGAAAGCCGUUCGCAACCAAUUGUUUCGAUUACGUGGCAGAAGAGGGACAGCGUCUAAACCAAACGCAGGAUUUCGCGUCUAUUCCUCUGUCGCGAAAGCAAUGCGGGUCCGGCUGUAUGUCUCGGUUCACAAUCAAUCAGUGCUUUUGUUGGCCGCCGGAACUGCCGUACGUCCGCAACAACGGCCUCGACGUCAACCGAGCGCUCACGUGGUGUCAGUGGAGGUUCCAGGAGGCGCCGAACCUGUACGGCAUGUGUUGGGACAAGAAGGCGCGCCUCAAGUGUGCGAUGCAAUGCCAGCCCUCGUGUUGGACCGAUCACUACGACCUGUCCGUCCAGAAGCUGCAGUUCGAGUACUACGGAAGACCUGACUGGGAUUCGGAGGACGAGAAACUGAUGAACACUUCGGCCGUCGUGUCGAUCAGGUAUUUGACGACUGAGCACACCAUCAAUAAGUAUUCGCCGAAGUUUAUCAUAUUGGAUAUGUUAUGCUAUGUGGGAGGACUGGAAUGGAUCCACAGGUUUGCCAUCAAUUGUGUUGGCAUUGCUUUGGUUGGCAUUCAACUGAAGGCCGAGUCCUCCCAAAUAGUCUGUCGAAACGACAACCUUCUGGUCAUUCCUCUGAGCACUGAUACUAACGCCCUGGUCACAGCCAAACCUACCGAUGAUUUGGAGACAAUUGCUAAUAAUUUUAUUUCAAAAAUUCCGGCACAUUUUGGUGGAAAGGCUGACCACAACUCCAUUAGUGAUAAUCUACUGAAGAGACCGUCCAAUGGAGUGAAUGACCAGAAUCGGGAAUUCCUUUCUCUGGGAAUCGGAGGUUUCGGAGGACUGAAAGUGUCGGUCACGAGAGGGGACAGUCAGGUGAACGUCAGUACUAUUUAUGGUUUGGGCGCCGGAUCUCUGACUGUCGCUGAAAGUGAGACACAAAAUGGCAAACAAAUCAAAGACAUUACACAACCAUUAGUUGACAAAUACGUCAAACCUAUUGAGGAGAAAGAUGGCGGUGACGGCACUCUAGUAGUGGUGGCCGGAGAGGAAAGGGAUGGCACUCUUGUGGUUCAU